CCUAUUGAAUGCAUCUGCGAAGUCGGCCAAUGCUGAAACCGUGGACAGUGCCAUAUCAACGCUUUAGUAACCAGUAAGUAAGAACAUUUUACACAAACGUGUUUUUUUAUUGAAGAAAGUAGACUUAGCUUGCAGGACCAGCACAUGCCAAAAAGACAUAUGAAGAGUAACAUUUAACACCAUCAAAGACACUUUGCACAGGUAAUACUGAUGUAUAUAUUGUCCUUAAAUUGAUACAUUAUGUAACGCAUUGCAUGAUUUCAAAUGAACUCUAUUGUUUUUCUCUGUCAUGCCGACCCUGCACAAAUGCAUCGUAGUAGAAACUCAAGCUUGCAAUGGCAUUCAUCACCUUUUGCGCGCAUGCCGGGCACUUUUUCGCGAGGAGAGGGUGACGCAACAUUAAUUCGGUGUAAUUUUUAACAAUAGAAUAGAAAUGUUAGUUUUGGGCUCGUUAAAUCAUCAGAUUUUCUAUCGCAUGCUUGAGCUGAUCACUGUCGUGUAAUCAAACUUGUCUGUACAUGAGUAAAAUAACUACUAACUGUGUAUCUUUAUGAAGGCACAUUUAUUGCUAACUUCACGUUGCUUCACAUUACAAGCCACAUGAGAAAGAGUAAUGCUUUCCUCGUUCUACAUCCCCCAGGCCCUCAUUAGCAUAUGGUCAAUCAGGAUGCAAUAUGCAAAUAACACCACAUCUCCCCUUUUCAGAGAACAAAGGGUAGAAUGCCUUUGUCUCAAAAGAUCUCAAGUGAUUAUUCUGCCCUUAUGUCGUUAGGUCUCUUCCUGCCUCUUCCUUCAACAUAGUCAUGAACGUAAAACUUUAACCCAAAAUGCAUCUCUCAUUUCUUUUAACACAAAUCUAUCCUGCUGGUAAGUUAGAACUGUAACAACUUGACAGCUGUUGUUUUGUCUUUUAUUUUAUUUUAUUUUUUACUUUGAGUUCAGUCUUUUGUUCCUGUUGUGCUGACUUAUAAAUACAGUCUUUGAGGUUUAACUAUUGCUCGCCCAGACCUUGUUCUGGGUGUAGCAGGUACAUCCAGGAUUACCUUGGGUGUUGGUGGUUCUGGCAAUGUGGUGUGUCGGAGUGGUGAAGACACUUGAAUCUUCUCAUGCGUAGCGUUCUUGUUCUCAGGUCCAUCCAUAGGGAUGAGGUGAUGUCUGUUCCUGCGGACAGACCCGUGGGGAACUUCCACCAUGUAGGAUCGUGGUGCUGCAUGUUCUCUCAGCACUGUUCCUGUGACUUUUGAGUCAGUCACCCACACCUGUUUUCCAGUUGGGAGUCUGCUGAGGUCGCUGACUCUGUGACGUUUGUUGAAGCGUUGCUGAUCCGCACCCCUUCUCUCAUUUUCCUUUGAGCUGACCACAGCUGUGUUUGGUAGUGAUGCGUCUAGCAGCGAUGGGAGUAUUGACACUGUGGUACGAAGCUGUCAUCCCAUCAGCAGUUGUGCCGGGCUGAAGCCAUUCUGGAGCGGAGUUGACUGAUAGGCCAGAAAAGCAAGGUAAGGGUCAGCUGCUUUCUUGAGGAGGUUCUUCACCAUCUGAACGGCGCGUUCCGCCUCUCCGUUACUUUGUGGGAACUUUGGACCGCUGGUGACAUGGCAAAAUCCAUACUCUGCAGCGAAGUCGGAAAGGGGUCUUCCGGAGAACUGAGGCCCAUUGUCCAUAACCAGGACCUCAGGUACCCCAUGGCAGGACUUCAGAUGAACUACGACGUCUGCAGACUUUGUUAGUGACAGGUUUGCGAUUUCCACACACCUUGAGAAGUAGUCCACCACUAGCAGGUAGGUGGUGCUUUUCAGAGUGAACAAGUCCACUCCCAGUCUUUGCCAUGGUCUAUCAGGAAGUUGUGAUGGUAUGAGUGGUUCUGUGUGGUUUGUGUGCUCUUUGAUGCAUGUCCUGCAGUUAAGCACAAGUUAGUUCAGUUGCUGGCUGAGUCCAGGCCUCCACACAGCCUGUUGUGCGCGUUCUCUGCACUUGACCACACCUUGAUGACCCUUGUGCAGCUUAGUGAGGACAUCAUUUCGUAAGGCUGAUGGAAUGACAAGUCUUGUUCCUUUCAACAGAAGACCGUUGUGCACUGUGAGAAAAGCGCGUUCUGCCCAGUACAGUUUCAGCAGUCCUUCGCAUCCGUUGAACUCUGACCAUUCUUCCUGACACAUUGUCAUGACUUUUGAGCACACACUGUCGGCUUUCAGUUGUUCUCUCAGAUUGUCCACGUAGGAAACACUCGCUAGAAGCUGUUCCAUGAUGGCAUCCACAUAUGUAUUUGUGCUCUCCAUGAGCUCCUUUUCUGCAGCAGUAGCUUUGGCUUUGACUGGCGCACGUGACAGCGUGUCUGCAGUCCACAAACUCUUUCCAGGGACAUGAGCAAUCGUGUAGGAGUAUCUCAUAAGUCCCAUCCUGAAGCGUUGGAUUCGUGGGGGAAGGGUGUCCAAGGGUUGGUUCCCCAGAAGGCUCGGGAGCGGUUUGUGAUCAGUUUCCAGCUGAAAGUGUUGACCAAUGAGAAAGUCUCUGAAGUUUUCACAUGCCCAUGUCAGCCCCAGAGCUUAUUUUCCCACUUGAACGUAUCUCAGCUUGGUCGGUGUGAGAGACCAGGAAGCGUAGGCAACGGGUCUCCAUUCCAUGCUCUUCUUCUGCAACAGCACUCCUCCUAGUCCGUAGGAAGACUCAUCGGCUGACACCUUGAUCUCUUUGUUUGGGUCGUACAGGGCUAGCACGGGUGUGGAUGUCAGCUCCUCCUUCAGCUCUUUGAAGGCGCUGACUUGGUUGGCCCCCCAGUACCAGUGGGUUUUCUUUGAGAGUAGGUCUCUGAGGUUUGUCCUUUUCUGCUAACUGAGGGAUGAACUUUCCCAGUUGGUUCACCAUUCCUAGAAAACUCUGUAGCUCGCUGACGUUGGAUGGCUCCGCCAUCUUCUUGACAGUCUUUGUCGGGUCGGGCUGUACUCCUUUGUCCGAGAUAAUGUGGCCCAGGAACUUCACUUCCUCCUUUUGACAGGUCACAUUUGUCCAUGUUCAGAGUUAAGCCGGCUUUUUCCAUCUUCUGCAAUGUGGCAUGAAGUCUUACAUCAUGCUCCUCCUGAGUUUGGGCCCCAGACCAACACAUCAUCCAUGUGACAGACCACACCUUCCAGGCCUUCAGUGACCUCUGUCAGUAUUCUGUUCUGGAAGUGUUCAGGUGCUGAAGCGAUGCCAAAAGGCAGAUGGUUGAAGUAGUAAAGUCCGAAUGGUGUGAUGAAGGUUGUUUAGCUUAACUGACUCCUCAGAUAGCGGGAUCUGCCAGAAGCCCAUGUUCGCAUCAAGCUUGCUGAAGAUCUUUACCCCGGCUAGUGAGCCAAGGGUCUGUUCGACAGUGGGAAGUAUGUAUUUUUCUCUACACUGACUCAUUGAGACUGAUGAAAUCGACAUAUCCGCACGUCACCAUUCUUCUUUGGGACAACCACCAUGCCGGCGCACCAGUCCAUGGGCUCCUCCACUCUGGUGACAACCUUGGACCUUGAGCUCUUUCUUGACUUUUGGCAGCAAUGUCAGAGGAAUCCGUUGUGGAGUGAGUAGGGCUCUGCGCCGGAUUUCUGCUUGAUGGGAUAUGGUUGUUGUACUGUGUUCAAGACCGCUGCACAGCUUUCGAUAGCUUUCUUUCAGUGUCUGUAAAUCAAUGCUGUCGAGCAACUUGCUCAAGCUUUGUGAUAGCUGGUCUGCCUAGUAAAGCUGUGUGUAGAUCUCUGACAUACACGUCCUCCAGUGUGCCCUUUUUCUCCCUUUUGUAGAACCGUACUUGCGACGGCGGUCACGUCCAGCGGCACUCUUCCUGGUCCUAGCAGAGGUUUUAUUGGUUUUUGCAGAGCUGGCUUGCUGGUUCCUGCAAAAAUGUGAUUGAACACAUUGUCUGGGAUAACAGUCACAUCGGCACCAGUGUCUAUUUUGAAUUUCACAUUUCUGUUCAUCACUUGAAUGUCAAUCAUCCAUGGGUCACCUUCUGCUGUUAUUGUUCCUAAGAAAAUGGUAUCAUCCUCUUCUUGAACCUCGUUUACGGCUCUUAAUGACAUACACACACUUUGGUAAUGUCCUUUUUUCCCGACAGGAGUGACACACUACUUAAUUAGCUGCACACUGUGCUCUUGGAUGUGCAGGGAUUUUGCCACAGUUUCGACACUUUGACUGCUUUUUGUCAUUAGCAUUUUCAUGGCUAGCUUUCUCACGCUGUAAUUUCUGUAUCCACUGGCUGCCUUUCUGCAUAACUCUAUCCACUGGCUGCCUUUCUGCAUAACUCUAUCCACUGGCUGCCUUUCUGCAUAACUCUAUCCACUGGCUGCCUUUCUGCAUAACUCUAUCCACUGGCUGCCUUUCUGCAUAACUCUAUCCACUGAGCAUGCCUCUUGUUGUUACUGUGUGACCUCGCAGGCAACUUUGCUGCUUUUUCAUUUCUUCAGUUUGCCUUAAUCUCAAUUUCGCUAUCUAGCGUGAGAUCUUGAUCUAGCUGCAUACGUUCUGUAGACGCAUGUUGGGUUAGCAGACAUGCGACUAGCCUGUCUCUCUAAUUAGUUCAUCAUGCAAAAGUCCAUAGUUGCAAUACUCUGCUAGGGCAUAUAAGGCUGUGACAAAAGAAUCCACUGUUUCAUUUCCCCCCUGUCUCCGCAUGUUAAAUUGGGCUCUCUCAUAGAUCAUGUUAUUUUUCACAAUAAAGAAUGCAUGAAAUCCGUCUCUUAUUUGUCCAUACUGUUUUUGCUCGAGUUCGUUUAGGUUUAGACCCCUCAAAACGCCAUCUGCUUCGUCGCCCAUACAGUACAUGAGAGUGUUUACUUGGUUCUCCUCGGUAGAUGUGUGAAGAUUACUCGCCUGGCGAAAGUGCUUAAACCUCCUAAUCCAUUUGGUCCAUUAUUGAGGUUUAAAAAAAUCCAACGGGUCUGGCGGCUGUAUGCUAAAUGUAGCACUUGGGCCUGUAUAUGGGAGUAUCUGUGCCCCUACCGCUGCACCUUGCACGGGCGGCUGGCCUCUUCCCACUGCUGCCGGUGGCUGCUGCACUUCUCCGUCGAUGUCUUCCAUGCUGAUUAGCCUCCUCGAUUUUCUUCCCAAAACUUUUCAACCAGGUACUGUAAGCUAAACUCUGUUAGUAAAUACACUUGUUCCAGUCCACUUCUGACACCAUGUCGUGUAAUCAAACGUGUCUGUACGUGAGUAAAAUAACUACUAGCGGUGUAUCUUUAUGAAGGCACAUUUAUUGCUAACUUCACGUUUCUUCACAUUACAAGCCACAUGAGAGAGCGACGCUUUCCUCAUGAACCCCUACAUUCCCCAGGCCCUCAUUAGCAUAUGGCCAACCAGGAUACAAUAUGCAAAUAACACCACAAUCACAUUAUCUUAUUUUUCAUCUCCUUUGGCCACAUUUUCAGCCGGGUCUCAGACUAGACAUAACAUAGUAAAUGAAAAUCCUGGAAACUCAAAUGAGUAUGGUCUGUUACGUUUGGGAUGGUUACAUAAGACAGAAGGUUACUUUAGGCAAAACGAAAGGAGGGUGAUUGGUCAGAAUGGGUGGGCAUAUAACGUGAAUGUCUAGCAACCCAACGGUUGUGUGUUCGAAUCUCAUCCCGGAAAACGUAAGCAUUUUAGCAACUUUUCAACUACUUAGUACUUUUUAGCAAAUUUGUAACUGCAUAUCAUGUUAGCUAACCCUUCCCCUAACUCCUAACCAAUGUUCCCUAAAAAAAAUUCAUCACUGAGUAAAUUUCAGGUCUGCUGAGUGCAAACUCGAACGUUGUGAAAGUUCUGUGCAACUUCCGGCACGCGUUUACUGUGAACACUGGGGCUGUACCCGCUUUAGGUUAGUGGUCAACUAGGCUACUGUGGCUACUUGAUCAUAAGGUAGGCCUACCAGAGUGGCCUACCAUAAAAAAACUAUGGAGAAAAUGCAUCCCAUAACAUUUUAACAUGGAAAUAGCUGUCCUAUCAUUCAGCCUACAGUAACAGCCAAUGUGUGGUGUUCAUGUUUUGAAAAAAACAUGCAGGGCUUGACAUUAACCUGUUUAAACACUUGUCCUUCAGGCAAGGAGGCGACUGAAUGUUGUUGUUGUUUGAUGCAGCUAUUUGUGCACAUUUGUACAUAUCCUUUGCUAGUUAGUGAGUUAUUAGCCCAGUUAUAUAUCAUUUGUAGUCAGCAAUGGGGGAGUGAUUGCUUCCUACAAGAGCUUUGAUCUCAAAACAAGGACAUCUACUCACAACCGCUGAUGCUGUAAAAACAGUCCAGUUCAAAGUGAAUGACACAGAUCCAUAUAUGGCAAUGUCUAUUUGCAUAUAGGUCUACUGCAGCUCUGAUUGUUAAUGGCACACCGGUCUGUGUAGAGUACAUGCCUGAGUCGUGCCUGUCAAUGCAAUAGAAUCCUACUCUGAUGCGUCUGCCUACAACAAAAUCUCUUGUAUAGUUAGUCUUGUAUGUUGCAUUGAAAGUGGCUAAUGUUGUGUUGAUUCAAUCACAAUUCCUACAGUAAAGGGAAACGUUGAUAGUGUUAACUAAUGGGAAAAACUCUAGAAAGUUGAGUGAAGUUCAAUCUCGUGCUUCUCUGUCUACUAUUAACAAAUUGAAUUAUUUGUCCGAUGCACUCAUCACUUUCAUAUACACUCAUCCUGUCCAAAUAGAAAUGACCACUGUCAGUUAAACAAUCCAAUUAUGUUUUUGUCUCUCCUGCGUGCUUUUGUUUCAGCAUAAUGACAACUUUAUCACAGACAAAGGAAAUCUUCCGGAGAGCAGACGCUGUGUGCUUCGACGUGGACAGCACUAUUAUCAGAGAAGAAGGCAUUGAUGAGCUAGCCAAAUUCUGCGGGGUUGGAGAUGCUGUCACAGAAAUGUAGGUUGUGUAGCAAUUUGUAAUGAUUUUAAGUGUGCUGAAAAGCAUGUUCUUCUCUCCUCUCUUUACCUAGGCCCAUCUACAUUCCCCUGUACAUUUCCCUGUGCCAUCAUUUUCUACAUGUUAUUUUCUAAAUGUUUCAUUCUCAACAUAUUUGUUGAGUACAUUGAGUUUCUCUCAUUUCAGGACUCGCAAGGCGAUGGGGGGGUCAGUGACUUUUAAAACCGCUCUGACGGACCGCCUGUCCAUCAUCCGAUGCUCGAGGGAACAAGUGAACAAACUGAUAACUGACCACCCUCCCCAGUUGACGGCAGGUAUUAAGUAAGUGGUUGUUGAUUUCAAUUGUUCAAUCUUUUUUCCACUCAACACUAUUUGAUUAUUAGCAAAGGCUAUGGUAAUUUUAUUAUCAUUCUCACAUAAAAUGGUUGAACUUCAAGUAGUCUCUUCAAGCGGGGUGUCUAACCUCAAGUUGCACAAUCGCUUAUGAAACAUGUACUAAUUUCUGCAUGUUGUAGAAUAAAUGGACACAUUUUUGUCCAUUGUCCAGGGAGCUUGUUGAUAGUCUGCACCAGCGCAACGUGAAGGUGUUCCUGAUCUCUGGCGGUUUCCGCUGUAUCGUGGAGCAUGUCGCCACUCAACUCAACAUUCCCCUCCAUCACGUUUAUGCCAACCGCCUCAAGUUCUACUUCAAUGGUAAGAGCAGAUCAGAGCAGUAUCAGAAUCACCUCGCACACUGUGGCAGGGAUGCACUGUGGUUGAUGACAGUAUGAUCAUUAAUGUUAGAAUAUUAUUGGAUGUUUUGGUUUGAUGACUGGAAGCAAAAACGGGUGGCCAUCUUAUUACUCCAGUAUCCCUGCACAUUGUACAUUUGGUAUUGGCACUGACUCUGUAUAUAGCUUCCUCUCUUAUUUCUUGAUUCUCGUUUUCUUUAUUUUAUAUAUACAGUGGGGGGAAAAAAGUAUUUAGUCACCCACCAAUUGUGCAAGUUCUCCCACUUAAAAAGAUGAGAGAGGCCUGUAAUUUUCAUCAUAGGUACACGUCAACUAUGACAGACAAAUUGAGAGAAGAAAAUCACAAUGUAGGAUUUUUUAUGAAUUUAUUUGCAAAUUAUGGUGGAAAAUAAGUAUUUGGUCACCUACAAACAAGCAAGAUUUCUGGCUCUCACAGACCUGUAACUUCUUCUUUAAGAGGCUCCUCUGUCCUCCACUCGUUACCUGUAUUAAUGGCACCUGUUUGAUCUUGUUAUCAGUAUAAAAGACACCUGUCCACAACCUCAAACAGUCACACUCCAAACUCCACUAUGGCCAAGACCAAAGAGCUGUCAAAGGACACCAGAAACACAAUUGUAGACCUGCACCAGGCUGGGAAGACUGAAUCUGCAAUAGGUAAGCAGCUUGGUUUGAAGAAAUCAACUGUGGGAGCAAUUAUUAGGAAAUGGAAGACAUACAAGACCACUGAUAAUCUCCCUCGAUCUGGGGCUCCACGCAAGAUCUCACCCCGUGGGGUCAAAAUGAUCACAAGAACGGUGAGCAAAAAUCCCAGAACCACACGGGGGGACCUAGUGAAUGACCUGCAGAGAGCUGGGACCAAAGUAACAAAGCCUACCAUCAGUAACACACUACGCCGCCAGGGACUCAAAUCCUGCAGUGCCAGACGUGUCCCCCUGCUUAAGCCAGUACAUGUCCAGGCCCGUCUGAAGUUUGCUAGAGUGCAUUUGGAUGAUCCAGAAGAGGAUUGGGAGAAUGUCAUAUGGUCAGAUGAAACCAAAAUAGAACUUUUUGGUAAAAACUCAACUCGUCAUGUUUGGAGGACAAAGAAUGCUGAGUUGCAUCCAAAGAACACCAUACCUACUGUGAAGCAUGGGGGUGGAAACAUCAUGCUUUGGGGCUGUUUUUCUGCAAAGGGACCAGGACGAUUGAUCCGUGUAAAGGAAAGAAUGAAUGGGGCCAUGUAUCGUGUGAGAUUUUGAGUGUGAACCUCCUUCCAUCAGCAAGGGCAUUGAAGAUGAAAUGUGGCUGGGUCUUUCAGCAUGACAAUGAUCCCAAACACACCGCCCGGGCAACGAAGGAGUGGCUUCGUAAGAAGCAUUUCAAGGUCCUGGAGUGGCCUAGCCAGUCUCCAGAUCUCAACCCCAUAGAAAAUCUUUGGAGGGAGUUGAAAGUCUGUGUUGCCCAGCGACAGCCCCAAAACAUCACUGCUCUAGAGGAGAUCUGCAUGGAGGAAUGGGCCAAAAUACCAGCAACAGUGUGUGAAAACCUUGUGAAGACUUACAGAAAACGUUUGACCUGUGUCAUUGCCAACAAAGGGUAUAUAACAAAGUAUUGAGAAACUUUUGUUUUUGACCAAAUACUUAUUUUCCACCAUAAUUUGCAAAUAAAUUCAUUAAAAAUCCUACAAUGUGAUUUUCUGGAUUUUUUUUCCUCAUUUUGUCUGUCAUAGUUGACGUGUACCUAUGAUGAAAAUUACAGGCCUCUCUCAUCUUUUUACGUGGGAGAACUUGCACAAUUGGUGGCUGACUAAAUACUUUUUUUCCCCACUGUGUGUGUAUAUAUAUUUGUAUUAGUUAUACUAUUUUGAUAUUGAUUACUGCACUGUUGGGUAGAGCUUGCAAGUGAAGCAUUUUACUGUACUCGUGCAUGUGACAAUAAAACUUGGAACUGGACUUUAGAGGGCUGGUUUCAACCAAGCAAGCAGUAGAUUGGCAUCUACAGGGAGGAAUCCUUUACUAAUUCAAACCGUAAUAUUUUCCUCCUAGGUGAGUACGCUGGCUUUGACGAGACCCAGCCCACAUCUGAGAGUAAUGGGAAGGGGAAGGUGAUCAGCAUGCUCAAGGAAAAGCACGGCUUCAAGAACGUGGUGAUGAUCGGUGAUGGAGCCACAGACCUGGAGGCCUGUCCCCCUGCAGUAUGUGUUGUCUUGUCAAUACACUAGAAGACCGGUGACGAGCUGUUAUUUAUGUAAUCUCCGGCUUUCUGUCAUAGAAUACUUUAUUGUCCAUUUUGUGAAGGAAAUUUCUAUUUUUUCUCUGCUCCCAACACCCUUAGACACCACAGAAAAACACAUGUUAGGUGGACCACAGAGUCAACAGCAGUGCUUUGCCUCUAGGGGAGUUAUGGGGUUUUAAGCGCCUUUUUCAAAGGCACAAUUUCAGGGGUGUAUUCACUAGGAACCAAACAGAAGCAACCAGAUUGAACCGGGGAGGAACCUACCUGAAUUUGUCCAAUAGAAACUAGUUUCCAUUGCAAAACAUUUUGCUACAGUCUGUGACUAAUGAAUACAUCCCAAUACUAGAUUGUCAGGUGUUAAAAGCAGCUAUAAUGUAAAGUAACACUGGAAUAAUGGACACUGGAUGUCUUUUGACUUUUAAACAAUUAUCCUCACCACAUUGUUUUGUUUUUCAGAAUGCAUUCAUUGGAUUUGGUGGAAACGUGGUCAGGCAACAAGUAAAGGAGAGAAGUUUGUGGUACGUCACAAGUUUUGGAGAGCUGCUAAAAGAACUGGAGAAGAUUUAACAAGGAAAUACCAUACAAACCUGAACCCUCUUACAACUAUUGUUACUAAUGCUAACAUCAAUGUUUUAUUUUCACCUAAUGGUGUGCCUUUUAUGGUUUUAACUAGUGCACAAUAUUUUUUUAUUUCCAGUCAAUAGAUUUAAAAAUAAAUUGUAAUACAUGUUUACACUACAAUAGUGUCCUCUUGGGUUUGACCCUUGUUGAUUUUUAUACUAGAGAAUACUAAAAAAAAAUCUGGUUAACCAAAUUUUAUCCUUUUUGGAGGGUUUUGAGCAGGGUUGGAGUCGACUCGAUUUCAACUCAGUAUUUUAGUUUAAUUCCUGAAUUGAAACCAAUCCUGGAUUUG